AGCUCACAGAAAUCAAAACCCAAGCUGGUAGCCAGGAAUGGAUUCACCUACGUAAUAAAGGAGGUCACUCAGAAUAAGAUUUACUACAGAUGUAGCAAACGUCCCUGUAAGGCAACUGUUGCCGAGACCAAAUCAACAGGAGACAGAGCGCCAGGCAAACAUAACCACAGCCACACAGCAGAGGCAAUACUCAUAUUCCUUUUUCCGUUUCUAGAGAGCGUAUCGCGAGAACAAUGCAGUUCCUAAAUUCAUCAGGAAGCUGAUGGCUUUGGCCAUUCUUCCAGCGGCACACAUCAGACCGGUCUUCCGUCAGCUGAAGAUGAGAGCGUCGUCACAGAAGCUGGUUGAUCUCUGUGACUACAUGGAGCGACAGUGGAUGAGUCACUCCAUCUUCACAGUGGUCAGUUGGUGUGUAUUCAACCAGUCAGUCCGCACCAACAACAAUGUUGAAGGUUGGCAUCGCCGGAUGAAUGUGCAGACAUCAGAUCAACAACUGGGACUGUACAAGCUGAUCCAGCUCUCCAUAAAGAAGCCAGUCUCCUGCCGCUCCACGCCCAGCUCCUCCAUGAUGGAAAACUCACAAGAUUUGUGAAGAAGUCGGCGUCUGCUGACCAGGCUGAAAUCUUUGCUGCUUGGCGGCU